UUUUUUUUGUUUGUCUGUGAAUUGAGAUCACGGAAGCAAACAACAAUAUAUACAACUAUAUCAUGGCAGCACCAGCACAAGGACCUACAGCAUUUUCAAAUGAUGGACAAGAUAUUAUGGAACGUGAGGUGACAGAAAGUAUACGACAUGACGAUGAUGCGACAUUACUGAGCUUGUAUGAGAUCGAACGGACAGUGGCAUACAUUCAUCAACAUGGUUAUCAAAGGGUAGCACUCCAAUUUCCUGACGAAAUGUUAGCUGAUGCAACGGCAGUAGCAAGAUUAUUGAAGACAUAUGCUAAUAUGGAGGACAAAUCAUCUGUGGCCUUUUUUAUAUUGGCGGAUACUUCUUAUGGUAGCUGCUGUGUGGACGAAGUGGCUGCUCAACAUAUUGAUGCUCAAGUGAUAAUUCAUUAUGGACACUCUUGUUUAUCACCGACAAGUCACCUUCCAGUUUUAUACGUUUUUGGUCAACAACCAGUGGAUAUCAACGAUUGUAUAGAAAAGUUUCAAGAAUUGAUUCCAGAUCGAUCACAGCCUGUCAUCAUCAUGUGUAACGUCGAAUAUGCCCAUGCUACAGAAAAAUUAACAAAACAGCUUGAAUUGGAAUAUCAACAUAUAAUUGCCAGUUUUAUUCAACAAGAAGAAAGUAUCGUCGAUGGACAUUUGGACAAAAAGACAAGCAAAUGUCAUGAAAAGGAAACAGAUUUAGAAAAGGUUGGUUCUUGUGGAGGAAGAUGUGGUGGAGAUUGUGGUGGAACAACAUCAGUGACAGCAACAAAUCAUAUUGAACAAGCAGCCGAAAAACGCAAAGGGGGACGAACUUAUAUUCUACCAGAUGAUAUUUCUUUGGAACAAUGUGUUAUCUUUUUCAUUGGUCAUGAAGGUUUGACAUUGACCAAUAUUAUGAUGGUACAUCAUCAAUGUCAGGUUUAUACUUAUGAUCCCUCAUCAAAAUAUGGUAGAAAAGAAACAGUCUCUGUGAACAAAAUGUUGAUGAAAAGGUAUUUUAUGGUGCAGAAAGCAAAAGAUGCAAACACCAUUGGCAUCGUGGUUGGUACCCUGGGUGUUGCUUCAUAUAUGAAUAUCAUAGAACAUUUGAAGAAGGUGAUUACUCUAUCUGGAAGGAAAUGGUACAUGUUUGUGAUGGGAAAACUCAAUGUAGCAAAAAUGGCCAACUUUAUGGAAAUUGAUUGUUAUGUCUUGGUUGCUUGUCCUGAAAAUAGUUUGAUUGAUUCAAAGGACUUUUAUCGACCUAUCGUGACACCAUUUGAAUUGGAAAUAGCCCUUGUCAAAUCUAAAGAAUGGACUGGAGACUACGUGCUGGAUUUUUCUAAAUUACUACCUCACUUGCGAACAGAUGGAUUUCAAUAUGAUGAGGAAAUGGAUGAAGGAUCUAGUGAUGAAGAAGGUCAUUUCUCUUUGAUUACUGGUCAAUAUGUAUCUGGUCCAUUCCAAAAAGUCAAGGCAAAAGAUGAUCCAUCCACUGAAACAUUGACAAGUAACUUAACUGGUCUCACUUUACGUAAUCAAGAAACAAGUAUAGCUCAUUUGAUGAACAGCACAGCCGGGGAAUACCUUCGAAAUCGAUCUUAUCGGGGCUUGGAUCCAAAAAUGGGCCAAGAUGAGGCUGGUGAUGUCAAAGAAGGUCGAUCUGGUAUCGCAAGGGGAUAUACAAGGGAAAGAGAAGCUAUCAAUGAUGAAAUAUAGAUUGUUUUUUUUUUUUUAUGUAGAUAGUGAUAUUUAGGAUAACAGUAGUAUUAGCAGUAGUGAUUUAUAUUGUACAAUAAAAACCCC